GGUGAUGAGCAGAGUACAGAGGACAUUCCUACAGAUAACCGCCCAGGUCCGAUCUUCUGAUUCAUCACAGACUGUAGCACAGAAUAAAAGUCACGGAAGAGGUGCUAAACAUCAAACAGCUCAUGUAAGAGGAAAUACAUUUUCAUGUUCAGAAUGUGAAAAAUGUUUUAGAUUUAAAUCAGCUCUUGUUGUACAUCAGAGAAUUCACACAGGGGAGAAGCCAUUUUCAUGUUCAGAAUGUAGUAAAUGUUUUAAUCAGAAAUCAGAACUUGUUAGACAUCAGAGAGUUCACACAGGAGAGAGGCCAUUUUCAUGUUCAGAAUGUGAGAAAUGUUUUAAGAAUAAAUCAGCUCUUGUUAUACAUCAGAGAAUUCACACAGGAGAGAAGCCAUUUACAUGUUCAGAAUGUGGGAAAUGUUUUAAUCAGAUAUCAUGUUUUUCUGCACAUCAGAGAAUUCACACAGGGGAGAAGCCAUUUUCAUGUUCAGAAUGUGGGAAAUGUUUUAAGGAUAAAUCAGUUCUUGUUAUACAUCAGAGAAAUCACACAGGGAAGCCAUUUUCAUGUUCAGAAUGUGGGAAAUGUUUUAACAACAAAUCAUCUCUAUUUAAACAUCAGAGAUUUCACACAGGAGAGAGGGCAUUUUCAUGUUCAGAAUGUGGGAAAUGUUUUAAUCAGAAAUCAGAACUUGUUAGACAUCAGAAAAUUCACACAGGAGAGAGGGCAUUUUCAUGUUCAGAGUGUGGGAAAUGUUUUAAUCAGAAAUCAGAACUUGUUAGACAUCAGAGAGUUCACACAGGAGAGAGGCCAUUUUCAUGUUCAGAAUGUGAGAAAUGUUUUAAGAAUAAAUCAGCUCUUGUUACACAUCAGAGAAUUCACACAGGGGAGAAUCCAUUUUCAUGUUUAGAAUGUGGGAAAUGUUUUAAGCAGAUAUCAUGUUUUUCUGGACAUCAGAGAAUUCACACAGGGGAGAAGCCAUUUUCAUGUUCAGAAUGUGGGAAAUGUUUUAAGGAUAAAUCAGGUCUUGUUAUACAUCAGAGAAAUCACACAGAGAAGCCAUUUUCAUGUUCAGAAUGUGGGAAAUGUUUUAAGGAUAAUUCAGGUCUUGUUGUACAUCAGAUAAAUCACACAGGGGAGAAGCCAUUUUCAUGUUCAGAAUGUGGGAAAUGUUUUAAGGAUAAUUCAGGUCUUGUUGUACAUCAGAGAAAUCACACAGGAGAGAAGCCAUUUUCAUGUUCAGAAUGUGGGAAAUGUUUUAACCGUAAAUCAAAUCUGAAUGCACAUCACAAAAUUCACACAGGGGAGAAGCCAUUUUCAUGUUCAGAAUGUGGGAAAUGUUUCAACCGUAAAUCAUAUCUUGUUAAACAUAAAAAAAAUCACAUAUAAGAGAAGCCAUCUUCAUGCUUAGCCCGUUAGUGACCUCCCAUAUGUGGUUUUAUGGUGGUCACUAACUGGCUUUAUUCCGUCAGAUACUUCUUUUUACAAGGAGAUAAAACAGCGCCUUGCUUUCAGUUACCAGAGGUAGCUGAGGGCUUGGAGCGAUGAUUGGGACCGCUGUGAGAGCUCCCCAAACAAACAUAGUCUCCUGUAUUGAAUGAAUAUUGGUAAUCAAAGGACAGAUCCAGUUAAAAGUGAAA